UGCAUCAGUGGUGUGAGUGUAAGGCUGAACUCAGUAGAGAAAAGCUGUGAGAAGAGGACUGCUGAGCUCCUGGACUAAAUGUACCUGUGUAAAUCUUUGUUGAAUACGAUAGUUCUGGGAAGUGUAGUGAUCUAAGGACAGCUAUAAGCACGGAGGUGACAGUGUUGCAGCAGUCAUGUUUUGUGCAUUCUCUGGCCCGGGGUCAGUCAGCAACUCACUCAUGUAUCACUAUGGCAAUGGAAAAGCGGUGCACUCUCCGUCUCCAAAUACGGAGGAACUGAAAAGGGAUUCUGCUUCCUACUCAACGUUCAAACUGCCUAACACAAGCUUCACAAGCACUUUUUUUGAUGGGACAAACAGCUCUACAGACCCCUGGAGCUCAUCCAGUGGGAUCAGCCCAUCAGGUCAUGGAGGCAUGCUGGGAUCUUCCCCUUCUAACCAAUCACAGUCUGGGAACUAUGGCAACCUGCCAACACAUGACUGUCUGAACCUACUGCAAAGUUCAGCAGUAUCUGCAGCCAGCAAGCGUCUCCCACCAAUGACCUAUUUCCAUAGAGGCAAUGGCAGCGCGUCACUUUUCUUGUCUUCACCCCACACUGUAGCAGCCAGCACAACUGACCGUUCCAUGGGGGGUCAGGAGAACCUGGCUGCAGACCCUCACACGGGAAAUGCUCUUGGAAAAGCCCUGGCUUCCAUUUAUUCUCCUGAUCACACGAGUAGCAGUUUUCCACCCAGUUCAUCCACUCCAGGGAGAUCUCUGUCACCUCUGGCUGCUUCUACAGUCUCAGCAGGAGGCAGCCAAUGGCAUCGAUCUGCUGGACAGAAAGCACAGCCAUCCAAUUACGAGAACUCUCUGCAGUCAUUGAUUGAGGAUAAAUUGGACAGACUGGAUGAUGCCAUUCACAUCCUACGAAACCAUGCAGUAGGUGGGACAAAUAUUACCCUGACCAAUGACAUGCACAACCUACUUGGACAGUCACAAAAUGGACCAAUCACAAUGAGGCCAAACUACCCCAUCUCAGGACUGGUAAUAAGUGGAUUACCAACAGAUGUGUCAGCAGAUGCAGGUGAGGCUGCACACUUGGCCAUCCACCCCUCAGCUGUUCCUUCUGCUUCCCAUCGGACUAAUCCUGAAGACAGCUUCAGAGCACUGGCUGCAGGGCUGUUCUCUGACAUCUCUCCAGGCUCGGUCAAAGUGGAGCCGACUGAUGGAGAGCAGCUUGGACUUCGUCAGGCACACCCCAACCACCGCCCUCAUUCCACCUGCCUGUCUCAGCCCUCCUCUGAUGGUCUGCACUCUGAUGCAGAGAGUGAUACUCGAGAGCCUGAAACACCCAAUGCUGACCCUGCUAGCAGGAACAGCAGCGUCCACGAUGAUGAGGAGCUGUCUCCGGAGCAGAAGGCUGAGCGAGAAAGGGAACGGCGGAUGGCAAACAACGCGCGCGAGCGUCUGCGCGUGCGUGACAUCAACGAGGCUUUCAAGGAGUUGGGUCGCAUGGUGCAACUGCACCUGAAGAGCGACAAGCCCCAGACCAAACUGCUCAUCCUGCACCAGGCCGUCGCCGUCAUCCUGAGACUGGAGCAGCAGGUCCGCGAGCGUAAUCUCAACCCUAAGGCUGCCUGCCUGAGGAGGAGAGAGGAGGAGAAGGUGUCUGCCCUCACUCUGGAUCCCCAGGCUAUGCAUACAAUCAUUCACUCAGCACUGCCUGACCAAGGCAACAGUCUCUCUGGGCAUCACUGACAGCCUUUGUGUGUGUAUGUGUGUGUGUGUGUGUGUAUGUGUAUGUGUCUAUGUGAAUCUGGGCUAAUAAAUGGCAGUAUUUUGUGAUAAACCUUUAACAUUCUUUUUUUUAUAGCACUUUCAUAGUCAUUAUGUUUAUAAUUGACUUUAAAAAGAGAAGAACAUUGUGGGGUUUUAUUUUCUUUUGCUACCACGUACACUGUUUAUAUGUACACAAGUACCUGACAAACCAGUUUGUUUUCCCAUUGAUAGAUUGCUGUUCAGGACAACAAAGCUCCAGCAAUUCUAUAGCAUUAUCUUCCAAUAAUAUAUAUUUUAUAUGAGACUAUGAAGCAACAAUAUCCAAAGAACAUUUCAAUGUUGUUAAAAAUUACUACUUUAUGCCAUUAGUGUUUUCAUAACCUUCAAUGCAGUAGAUGUGCUUGUAAACUUGGCUUCUCGGUAACUCUACUCUAUGUAAACAUUAGCCUUGGUAUUUGCAUAUAACUGACAACAUUUACAAUAUGUAAUUAAAUACUAAUUGUCAUAACUGAAGGUGAGCGACUUGGGCAGCGAGGCGAAAGUGCAAACAAAUAACACGCUUUAUUAAAUUGUUUCUCUAAAAACAAAGAGCAAACGGUAAAAGGACUGAAGAAAAAAAGGAAGUAGAAAUAAUAGCUUUCGUAGGGACGCUUCAGAAGAUGCAGUUUAUUGCUAGUCAGGUUGAUAGCCUAACACUGCGCGUCUGCAACGAGCUCCUGUGAACAUAGGGAGAGGCAAUCAAAAGACAGGUGACAGUGAUCAUACUAAUAGACGUGUGAUUGAGAACUAAUAAGUGAUCUGCGUGUGUGAUUGGUGGAUGAUUAUGAGCUGGUCUGGCUGGAUACCGGUUGGAGCGUGACACUGAUAUUUUAUUAUGAUUUUCUAGAAAUACAUUUUUCCAUGUUAAAUGUUGUCUAUUGUUUUGGU